UUUUUUUCAUAAUAAACUGAAACAAUAUCCAUAAUUCAAAACAAAAAAAAAAAAACUACUCAUUUCCUUGAAAAAAAAAUAUUGUGUGAAAAAAUGGGGUCAACAAGUGCUUUCACAACUGGGAUUUCAAAUCUUCAUAGCUUCACUAAGCACAAUUACUGCAAACCGAGUUCUAGUGUAAAUCAAGUUGGUAUGUGGACUUUAUCACGAUCCGGAUGUCGAAAGGUUUUAGAUAAUCCCAGACCUCUGCAAAUAUGUGCUCUGUUUGGAGGAAAAAAGGACAAUAAUGAGCAGAACAAUGAUGCUUCUUCAAAGGCAGGUCUUUUUGGCAACAUGCAAAACUUAUACGAGACAGUGAAGAAGGCACAAAAUGUGGUUCAAGUUGAGGCAGUGCGAGUACAAAAAGAGCUCGCUUUAGCAGAGUUUGAUGGUUACUGUGAAGGUGAACUAAUCAAGGUAACGCUGUCUGGGAAUCAACAACCGAUACGUACUGAAAUUACUGAGGCUGCCAUGGCAUUGGGGCCAGAAAAACUCUCACUUCUGAUUACAGAGGCAUACAAAGAUGCACAUCAGAAAAGUGUACUGGCAAUGAAGGAAAGAAUGAGUGAUCUUGCUCAAAGCUUGGGAAUGCCAGCAGGCCUUGGUGAAGGAUCCAAGCAAUGAACAUUGUCUCCACUGAGUUUCAAUUUUGUACACUAGCAAACACAAGUGCAUUUGCAUCAACCUUAUGAAUACAAUUUUUAAUUAUAUUGUAAUCUAUUGGUAA